CCAAUCACGACAUGCCUGAUGUCGUCACUGUCGUUCCAACCAAUCACGAUAUGCCAGAUGACGUCACUGUCGUGCCAGCCAAUCACGAUUUGCCAGAUGACGUCACCGUCGUGCCAGCCAAUCAUGAUAUGCCUGAUGACGUCACUGUCCGGCCAGCCAAUCACGACAUGCCAGAUGAUGGCGACUGUUCAGAUACCGACAUGGAAGUCAAAUCUCUGGAUUUGACAGGGACCCCCGGUGGGGGCGGUGUGGGGGAGGAGCGCGCGCGCCCCAUGUCCUGGGAGGGCGCCCUGGCACACAACUCUCAGGAGGACGGGAUGAGAGAGCUGGAGGAGCCCAUGUCACCCAUGUCCCCCGACGCUCCCACCGCCAUACACCUCCCCCACGACCAGGUAUUUGUCACCACCGAGAACACCAACACCAUCAUCACAUCACCAACACAGCAGGCGGCCGUGGUUGCCAGCAGUGCCGCCCUGGUGCCGUUAGCGCUCCUGUCAACAGUUGCCGCUGCUGUCAACCUCUCGACAACAGCCGCUGUCAACAGCAGCUCUUCAGUCUCUGUUGCCACUGCUGUCAACGCAACGGCAACAGCACAACAACAACAGAGUCAACCGCCUGCCCUGUUGCCGUUGAACCAAGUUGCCACAACAACAGCAAACGAUGGUAACAACAGUAACAACAGCAACACGACUAUUCUACAACAGCACUUGCAGCAGCUGCAGUUUAUUGCCACCAACAACAGCAACAAUAACAGCAGCAGUGCAGCAGCGCUGUUGCUGUUACAGCAACAGCAGCAGCAGGAGGAGCCGCUGUCGCUGGUGCAGCGGCAGCACCUACAGCUGCAGCAGCAGCUGCAGACGCAGCAGAGUAUCCUGCAGCAGCAGCUGCAGCAGUCACAGCAGCUGCAGCAGCAGAUCCAGCAGUCCCAACUCCCCCACUCUACCCUGGACUCCCCCAUCCCCGCGCGGGGGAGCGACUCAGGGUGUGAGGUGCUCCCCGGCCCCUACACCCCCAACCAGAGCCCCCUCCUCCCCAGGUUUCACUCCCCCAAUCCCCUCUACUCUCCCACCGAGAGCCCGGGGAUCACACGACACCUGUCGGGGUUUGCCUCCCCCUAUAGCCACUCCCCCUCGACGGGGCUGAGCCGCAACAACAGCGACGCCUCCCAGUACGGGGGCUCCUACACCUCCUACUCCAGCGCCCCCUCCCCCAUCUCCCCCACCCCCCACUACUCCCCCCCGUCCCAGCAAAUCCACGACGUAGAGCAUCUGUGGCGGUGCAGCGAGAGCGAGCUGCGGGAGGCGGGGAGCGCCGCCCCCGCCGCCAGAGCGGCGAUGGCGGGGGGCGGUGGGGGGGCGGGGGGCGACGUACUCAAUGACCUCUGCCAGAUCGCGGACAACCGCCUCUACAAGAUCGUCAAGUGGUGCAAGAGCCUGCCACUCUUCCGCCACAUCGCGGUCAUAGUGCUGCUCAGCUCAGACGUGGCGGGCCUGAAGGACAAGGAGCGUGUACAGUACAGCCAGGAGCGUGUACUACACUCCCUGGAGGAGUACACGCGUACCAAUUACCCGCACCAGCCCGGCAAGUACGGCGAGAUACUCAUGCGGAUACCCGAGCUCCAGCGCACCUGUCAUACCAGCAAGGAGUUGCUGUCCAUGAAGAAAAAAGAAGGCGACGUGCCGAGCUUCAACUUCCUCUUCGAGCUGCUGCGGGGGGACCACUGACACCCACGGGGGGACCCGUGACACCUGCGGGGGUACCCGUGACUCCCGCGAGUUGACCCGUGACACCCGCGGGGUGGCCCGUGACACCCACGGGGUGACCCGUGACACCUGCGGGGUGGCCCGUGACACCCACGGGGACCGAAGCGACAUGUAGAGCCUCAUGUUUAUAUGUCAACAGCAGCAUCAAUAACAGCAGCUAUAAGAGUGGCAGGAGUGGCUCUACACUCAACCCUAACAAAAUUUGGGGACCAUCUGGGCUUCUGCCGAAGAGUCGCUACACUCGGCGUAAAGGCCAAGCAGACUCGGGUCUGACCUUAUGACCUUAUGAUGAGUUCGGGACUUCCUAGUCCCCGGUCACGCU